AUGUUCAUCACAAACGAACACGUUGGCGACAGAAGCCGCAUGGAAGACUGGAGAAUUCGUGGUUACGACCCAUUGACCCCACCUGAUUUGCUUCAACAUGAAUACCCGUUGACCGCAGAAUCCAAGAAGAUCAUCACAGAGGGAAGAAACCAGACUGUCGACAUUUUGAAUGGCAAGGACGACCGUUUGGUGCUUGUGAUCGGACCUUGUUCCAUCCAUGACCCCAAGGCGGCCUUGGACUACGCCCAAAGAUUGCACAAGGCCAGUGAAAAGUAUAAGGGCGAGUUGCACAUCGUGAUGAGAGCCUACUUGGAAAAGCCUCGUACCACUGUCGGCUGGAAGGGGUUGAUCAACGACCCUGAAAUUGACGGUUCUUUCCAGAUCAACAAGGGUUUGAGAAUCGCCAGAAGCUUAUUCGUGGAGUUGACCUCCAUGUUGCCUAUUGCUGGUGAGAUGUUGGACACCAUCUCUCCCCAGUUCUUGUCCGACUUGUUCUCUGUCGGUGCCAUCGGUGCCAGAACUACUGAGUCCCAAUUGCAUCGUGAAUUGGCUUCCGGUUUGUCUUUCCCAGUUGGUUUCAAGAACGGUACUGACGGUACCUUGGGAGUCGCUGUGGACGCCAUGAGAUCCGCUUCUCACCCACAUCAUUUCCUCAGUGUCACCAAGCCUGGUGUUGUUGCUAUUGUUGGUACUGAUGGUAACAAGGACUGUUUCGUGAUUUUGAGAGGAGGAAAGCAGGGCACCAACUUCGACGAGAAGUCUAUAAAAGAAACCAAGGCACAAUUGCAAAAAGCUGGUGUUAUUGACGAGACCGCCAGCACCCCAAGAAUCAUGGUUGACUGUUCUCACGGUAACUCCAACAAGGACCACAGAAACCAACCAAAGGUUGCAGCCGAGAUCGCCAGACAAAUCAGAAAUGGUGAAACUGGUAUUUGCGGUUUGAUGAUCGAAUCAAACAUCAACGAGGGCAGACAAGACGUGCCAGCCCCAGAAGAUGGAGGCAAGGACGCUUUGAAGUACGGUUGUUCCAUCACCGAUGCAUGUAUAGGAUGGGAGUCCACCGAGGAAGUUUUGGAAGAGUUGGCUUCCGCCGUCAAAGCCAGAAGAGCCUUGUAA